UGUCAGUGACCAGUGUAUCAUUUUGUUAUUGCGUCAGCUGUAAAUGCGGAAAAGAAUGAUUUAAUAAUUACGAAUGAAUGAAUAUUAUUCGGAAAAAAUUAACACUUCCCUUGAUAAAACGUGAAUAUAAUAAAUAUGUCUUCAUUUAUUAAUCAUAGGGACGCUAGUAAAGUGAGUGUUGAUGAAACUGUUACGAAAGAUAAUGUUACGUACUAUAAAAUUACUGUUAAAGUUGGUGCUGUGAACUGGAGCGUUUCACAUAGAUUUAGUGAGUUCGUAGAGCUCCAUGAGAAGCUGGUUUCGGAUCACGGGGUGACCAAAGAAUGGUUGCCACCAAAGAAGGUGAUACGCAACAAAAUACCGAAGUUUAUUGAACAAAGACGAGAUGCCUUGAAUGAAUACCUUAAAAAUGUAUUAAACUACUUGAGACUGACGAUGCCGUACGAAUUUGCUCACUUUUUAGACUUCCAUUUGUAUGAUAUAUUUUUUCUCUUGCAAGAUUUAGCCAAGAGCCUUUAUUUGGAAGGUGACAAGAUUUUGCAAAAUACAGCUGCUUACAAGCUUACGCCAAUGGAGCUUCAUGCUAUUAGUGAAAGGUUAAAAAUGGCAUGCCCACCUACUGAGAAGGUCGAUCAAAUGUAUGACUUCAGUCAUAUUUUGGAUUUUUGUUCGCAACUCCGUUCUUUGAAUAUCGAAGGGAGCUAUGAGCCACUUGGCUCAAGUAACAUUGUACCAAAUAACUUGCAAUUUGAUCUAGUACCUUUCAAAUCUUUGUUGGACUUGAAAAUUAUUGGAGUUCCCAUGGCAUGUAUACAAAGUGUUGGUACUCUUCGAGAAACUCUCAUCCAUUUAUCAGUAUUGAUUGCAACGGUGGUUUCACUCAAUGAAUUUUUACUGGUGGACAUUUUGCACAAAGAUCCGUCAAGUAUAGCCGAGACUGUGAAAUGGAAUAAACUUUCCGUCAUCAAUUUCGGCAGCAACAACAUAGAGCAAAUAGACUGGGCGAUAAAAUUGGUGCCAAAACUACAGCACCUUUGCCUAUCAUCAAACAGGCUAAAGGAGCUUUGCGAUAUAUCUUGUUUGCACAAUCUGAGGGUGCUCAACUUGUCCCUUAACGGGUUUACGGCUUGCGAGAAUUGGCACGCCAAAAUAGGGAAUAUAGUCAAGAUAGACUUGUCACAAAACAAGGUCUCGUCUCUAAAAGGUUUCUCAAGGUUAUUCUCGUUGGAGAGUUUGGAUUUGAGUUGCAAUCUUAUAAGUGACGUAGAAGAAGUGCAACACAUAUGCAAGUUGCCCUGCUUGGAGUAUUUGUGCCUGACAGCGAACCCAGUCGCCUCAACCAUAGACUAUAGAGUGAAAGUCAUAGAGCAGUUUGAUGUUCGAAUGACGGAAAUACAUUUGGACAACGAGAAGGCUUCGGAAACGGAGCUGGACACUGCGCGGGUGUUGCAAGCCUUGAGAGUUGUCAAAGAAGGUAAAGUGCCCAGUUUUUUGGAUAACAACAAUUCAACUAACAGUUUUAACAGGAGUUGACAAUGAGUUUCAAAUGUAUAAACAUAAAGUAAUAUGACA